AUGAAAGGAUACCGAAAGCAGUCGUUAGUAAGUUUGGAAUUCUCGCCGCGUGGCAGUGCUUUACGGUCAACGCUGGUAGAUCCAUCUAAUCUCGGUAGCAUGAAUCAAGCACACUCUAAUUUACAGAAAUCACAAGUUUUCAUUAAUCGAAGUAGCAAACUUCCGCUUCAAAUUACUACCAUGGCCCCGAGCAAACUAGCAGCGUUCGAUAGAGUCGAUUUUGACUACAAGACUGUCCAUGGCCAACCAAUCAAGACCAGUGUUCUUAUACCAAAAGGUCUGCAAUCAAAGUCUAGAGAAGCCCGUCCUACGAUAGUAAACUGGCACGGUGGUGGAUUUGUUGUAGGAGACCGUUUGUAUGAAGGCUGGCUUCCCCAGUGGCUUCUUGAUAUUUGCCAUACCAGCUCUGCACUGUUCAUCGCACCCGACUACCGUCUUCUUCCAGAAGCGACCGCUGCCGAAGUUCUCGAAGAUGUCGAGGACUUUUGGCAUUGGAUGCGCGACGAACUUCCCACACUCACCUCAACCUGGAAUGCCUUCCCAGACCUCGCGCGCGUGGCAUGCACUGGCCAAUCCGCUGGUGGAUAUCUUGCCGUGCAGUCUGCCCUUCUCUUCCCCGAUCUCUCCAAUAUCAAAGUGAUCGCAUCCAUGGGUGGUUCACUGUGCACAGAUAUCCCUGAAUGUCGAGUUCCCGGUCCCAGAGUGAUUCUAGGGAAGCGCCCUCCCCCACCGGGGAAGGCCGAGAGCAUCAUCCGUGCAUAUAUGAGGAACAUCAAGCCGCAAGCGAUGAGGACAAGUGGCGACGUCAUGGAGAUGUGGAACUUCUUGACAUGUGUGUUGCAGCAGGCAUAUCUGUCUCGCUGGCUGAGAGCCGGAGGAAAGAAGGAGCUAGACGUGAUGAAGGUACUGGGAGACGCGAAAGCCUUGCCACCAAUUUGGUUACUGCACGGUAAUCAGGAUUCUGUGGUUCCUCCGAAGUGCUCAACUGGAUUCGUGGAGGGGCUGAACAACAGAUUUCCAAGUUCUCCAGUUCUACUGACACUUCGAGAUGGAGAUCAUGGAUUUGAGGCUUCAAUUCGUGGAAACGAAGGAUGGAUCCAGGAAGGUGUUGAGUUCAUCAAAGGUCGUUGGUUGCAGGAAUAG